GGCCGGGUCCCUGCUGCUCCACCAUGCGCCGCGCGGCCCGUGCCACUCGCCGGACCUCCCGGGCGUCCCUGCACGGCCCCCUCGGGCUGUCCUAGCAGGGAUCGCCCCCCAUCCCCGGUGCCCGAGCGCGCAGCUGCGCCCCACUCGCCGAGGAGCUGCGCUCGCCGCAGGGGCGGGCCCCCGCCUGUGUUCGCGGCGCCAGAAGAAGACUGAUCUUUGAAAAUAUGUAUUUGGGAGAUAGUCACGUUCUAUUGAAUACCUUGUGCUGGUGCUGCCAUCGAAAAAUCUGGUUACACUCCGGGGAGGCCUGCUGCCACUGCAGGACUGAACCGCCUCGGCCCUGA